AGGAGUGACCCGGCAGACCCCAUUCCACUAUGGAGAAAAGAGGGGCUCCUUUCCUCGUGGGCAUCAUCCUCCUGCUUCUGAUUGCAGCUCAAGGAAACCCAAUAAUUAGGACUCCACGUUGUACCUGCAUCGGCAGUAGGCAAGAGAGGAUCAACCCCAAAUUCUUGAAAGAUCUCAAACAACUUGCCCCCAGUCCUUCUUGUGAGGAAACUGAAAUCAUUGCUACACUGAGGAACGGAAAGCAGACAUGUCUAGACCCCAAGUCCGCAUAUGUGAAGAAACUGCUGAAAAACUGGGAGAAACAGAUCAGCCAAAAGAAAAGGCAGAAGAAAGGG